UGAACAUCCCAUCCAUCGUAUGCCUCAAAGUUCGUUCACUCUAGGUUGUUCCCUACUGCAAAAAUGGCGCUUCAUUCAGCAGAUACUUCGAAGCUGAUCUUCGCCCCGGCGGGCCAUCAGGCAACAGGUCAAGCAGAGCAAUUUACAAAAGGGACUCUUGUCCGCUCACAGCUCAACCCAACAUCACCUAUCCCUCAAUUCCACGCAUGGUUCUCCCGUGCUCAGGAGAAUGACUCUGGCGUAGAUCAUCCUGAAUCAUGCACUCUCUCAACAGCAUCUCUCCCCUCAGGUCGUAUCUCAUCUCGUACUGUGUAUCUAAAGGAGCUCGACAACCGCGGCUUCGUCAUCUACACUAACCUGGACACAUCUCGCAAGGCAGCCGAUAUAGCGACCAAUCCCCGCGCUGCGAUGCUGUUCUUCUGGGAAUCUCUACAGCGCCAAGUCCAUGUUGAAGGACGGGUGGAGAAGAUCUCCCGGGAAGAAAGCCAGACAUACUAUGACACGCGAGCUCGGGGAAGCAGAAUCGGUGCAUGGGCUAGUCGACAGAGUCAAGUACUUGAGCCACAAGGUGAAGACGACGAUGGCCGCAAGCAGCUGGAGGGAUGGGUUAAAGAGGUUGAGAAGCGGUUUGAGGGGCAGGAGAAAAUUCCUGUUCCUGAUUUCUGGGGCGGUUUGAGGAUUAUCCCGGACAGAAUCGAGUUCUGGCAGGGAAGGGAGAGUAGACUUCACGACAGGUUCGUUUAUGAACGGGAGGGCGAGGAGCAGGAGUGGACAAUAAAGAGGCUGAGUCCUUAGGGAGAUGUAUUUGAUGUACUACAGAUGCUCAAUCAUGCUCAGCAUGAAGCCAGAUAUAGAAGCGAAAUGAUGAAUGAGCUCCUCGCUAAGAUAAUGGUCAACAGACAAGGGGUGUUUGAGUAGCAUGCGGUGAGUUAUGUUACAACUCUCUAUCUGCAACUCUCGUUCGAUACAGUAAGUAACAC